CUCCCGCGCCGCCCGCCAUUUUGACUUCAGUGUCUCGUUUGCGGUCGGCAGCGUUGGGGGAACUGACUUGGUCCGCAGGCGCGAGGCUGGGUACAGGGUCUAUUGUCUGUGUUUGACUCCGUACUUUGGUCUGAGGCCUUCGGGAGCUUUCCCGGGGCAGUUAGCAGAAGCCGCAGCGGCCGCCCCCGCCCGUCUCCGCUGCCCCGGCCCGGGGAGGGACCAACCCCUAGUCACACCCCUCAGCGCUCGCCACUCUCUUCUCUGUCGUUGGGUCCGCAUCGUAUUCCCGGAAUCAGACGGUGCCCCAUAGAUGGCCAGCUUUCCCCCGAGGGUCAACGAGAAAGAGAUCGAUGGUUCAUACUUUGCUUGGUCACAAGGACAUCGCACAGUAAAACUUGUUCCGUGGUCCCAGUGCCUUCAGAACUUUCUCUUGCAUGGCACCAAGAAUGUUACCAAUUCAAGCAGUUUAAGAUUGCCAAGACAAAAUAGUGAUGGUGGUCAGAAAAAUAAGCCUCGUGAACAUAUUAUAGACUGUGGAGAUAUAGUCUGGAGUCUUGCUUUUGGGUCGUCAGUUCCAGAAAAACAGAGUCGCUGUGUAAAUAUAGAAUGGCAUCGCUUCAGAUUUGGACAAGAUCAGCUACUUCUUGCUACAGGGUUGAACAAUGGGCGUAUCAAAAUAUGGGAUGUAUAUACAGGAAAACUCCUCCUUAACUUGGUAGAUCAUACUGAAGUGGUCAGAGAUUUAACUUUUGCUCCAGAUGGAAGCUUGAUCCUGGUGUCAGCUUCAAGAGACAAAACUCUCAGAGUGUGGGACCUGAAAGAUGAUGGAAACAUGAUGAAAGUAUUGAGGGGGCAUCAGAAUUGGGUGUACAGCUGUGCAUUCUCUCCUGACUCUUCUAUGCUGUGUUCAGUCGGAGCCAGUAAAGCAGUUUUCCUUUGGAAUAUGGAUAAAUACACCAUGAUACGGAAACUAGAAGGACAUCACCAUGAUGUGGUAGCUUGUGACUUUUCUCCUGAUGGAGCAUUACUGGCUACUGCAUCUUACGAUACUCGAGUAUAUAUCUGGGAUCCACAUAAUGGAGACAUUCUAAUGGAAUUUGGGCACCUGUUUCCCCCACCUACUCCAAUAUUUGCUGGAGGAGCAAAUGACCGGUGGGUACGAUCUGUAUCUUUUAGCCAUGAUGGACUGCAUAUUGCAAGCCUUGCUGAUGAUAAAAUGGUGAGGUUCUGGAGAAUUGAUGAGGAUUAUCCAGUGCAAGUUGCACCUUUGAGCAAUGGUCUUUGCUGUGCCUUCUCUACUGAUGGCAGUGUUUUAGCUGCUGGGACACAUGACGGAAGUGUGUAUUUUUGGGCCACUCCACGGCAGGUCUCUAGCCUGCAACAUUUAUGUCGCAUGUCAAUCCGAAGAGUGAUGCCCACCCAAGAAGUCCAGGAGCUGCCAGUUCCUUCCAAGCUUUUGGAGUUUCUCUCCUAUCGUAUUUAGAAGAUUCUGCCUUCCCUAGUAGUAGGGACUGACAGAAUACACUUAACACAAACCUCAAGCUUUACUGACUUCAAUUAUCUGUUUUUAAAGACAUAGAAGAUUUAUUUAAUUUGAUAUGUUCUUGUACUGCAUUUUGACAGUUGAGCUUUUAAAAUAUUAUUUAUAGAUAAUAGAAAUAUUUCUGAACAUAUCAAAAAUAAACUUUUUAAAAGAUUUAACUGUGAAAACAUAUACAUACAUGUAUAUAUUUAGAUAUAAGCUGCUAUAUGUUGAGUGGACCCUUUUGCUUUUCUGAUUUUUAGUUCUGACAUGUAUAUAUUGCUUCAGUAGAGCCACAAUAUGUAUCUUUGCUGUAAAGCAUAAGGAAUUUUUAAAUUCUGGGACACUGAGUUAGAUGGUAAAUAUUGUCUUAAGAAAGUUGAAUUGGGUGAGGCGGGCAGAUUACCUGAGGUCAGCAGUUUGAGAGCAGCCAGGCAAACAUGACGAAACUCUGUCUCUACUAAAAAUACAAAAAAAAAAAAAAUUGACCAGGCGUGGUAGUGCGCACCUGUAGUCCCAGCUACUUGGGAGGCUGAGGCAGGAGAAUUGCUUGAACCCAGGAGGCAGAGGUUGGAGUGAGCCAAGAUCACAUACUGCACUCCAGCCUGGGCAACAGAGCGAGACUCCAUCUCAAAAAAAAAUAGUUGUGUUGCCUCAUACAAAAUGUAUUUGGUUUUGUUGGAGAGUGUCAGACUGACCUGGAAGUGAAACACGGUUUAUAUACAGGGAAAGGAUUUUAUUAUCCUUAGGAGUGUCAUCCAAGACAUAGAGCUUGAAUGUGACAUUAUUUAAAAAUAACAACAAAGAAGGCAGAGCCAGGAUAUAACUAGAAAAAGGAUGUCUUUUUUUAUUACUCCCCCUCUAAACACUGCUGCUGCCUUAAUUUUAGAAAGCAGCUUACUAGUUUACCCUUGUGAAGUAUUAUAAAUUGUUGUGAAUUUGAAAAGUCCAUCUACUGUAUUAUUGCUAAAUAUGUUGUUUGUACUAAGGGACAAUUAUUUUAAGACCAUGGAUUUAAAAAAAAAAAAAAAAAAAAAAACUAUGUUUCUGCAGGGGAUGAUAUUGGUGAGUUGCCAAAGAAGCAAUACAGUAUAUCUGCUUUUGCCUUCUGUUAUCUUACCUGCAGAUAUUAAGAAUGUAUGCAUUAUGUAAAAUGCUCAAUUAUAUAUUUUUGUUGAGUUUUUUUAAUUAAAGACUUGUAAAACAGUAUAUUGCAAAUGUUUCUCAAAUAGGUUAGGUGGAGUACUUUCUAUCUGUCUCCAUUGUAAGACUGAUGGUACACCAUGGGCAAAUCAAGCAAAAAGGACAAUGAAGAAAGAAUGCAGGACUCAGGCGCUGCUCUAGAGUUCAUACAGGGCUCCCCGAGUGCAGCAACUCUUAUGGUGGUUUUGUUUUUGGGAGAACUGUUGUGAUAAUGCGUAUUUUAAAAGCAUAGGGAAGCUCUAGAACACAGGAAAGUGACUACUAAGUAAAAGAAAAAUAUCUUUUAAUGGGGAACUACCAGCCUAUAGUAAGCCUAUCUGGUUAAAGUAGUUAUUAUAAAAAUCUAGCAGUCUGGGUCCUUUGAGAAGGCAUUAAAAAAAACAAAACUCUUAUGAGCCAUGUGUGAUUUUGAAGACUCAUUUCCUCUGAGAAAUUAUUUGGAAGUUCCUAUGGUUAGCUCUGUUAAGGAAUGUAAAAAUUUAUAGGCGGUGUAGGUUGUCAAUUUGAAGGCCAGUAGAAAAUCUGCUCAAGUUACUUCUUGAGGAUCAUCUAUAUUUUACAAAAAGAAGCACAAAAAGCAUCUAAUCUUUAUACUUCUUGUGACUUUUUUUCCCCUGUAUUUUACUUUGUAAUAUAUCAGCUUUAUAAUUUUAAAAUAUACUGGCCGGGCACAGUGGCUCACACCUGUAGUCCCAGCACUUCGGGAGGCCAAGGCAGGUGGGUCAGUUAAGGCCAGGAGUUCAUGACCAGCCUGACCAAAUAGUGAAACCCCUGUCUCUACUAAAAUUAUAAAAAUUAGCCGGGCAUGUGGCAGGUGUGUGUACUCCUAGCUACUUAAGAGGCUGAGGCAAGAGAAUUGCUUGAACUGGAGAAAUGGAGUUUACGUUGAUUAUGAAUCAGAUUCUACUUACAUGAUUUGAAAAUGACACUGCCUCUUUCUCCUAUUUUGCCACAAGCCUGACAUUUGGAGAACUGGCAAGGGAUCAUUUAUGUUCAGAUUUGAUUUUGUGUUUUAGAAUCCCAUGGGGUACAUGUGAACAUAGGAAAAUCACACUCAGCAGCCAAGCUAUCCUUCGGCAAUAAUGAAAUCACUUUAAAACCUAUAACUUGAUCUUAGGUUGGCAAAUUCUAAACUUAACGAUCCUUGAAAUUUCCUGCCUGCUGUGACUGUGAUGAAGUUGGAUUCAACUGGUUUGCGCUGCUCUUGGAUCGGCAAGACCAAAAAAGGUUGGGCUGCACUGUAGCGUGCUUAUGGGUUGAGGCAGUGGCAGAGGCAGGGGACUUGGCUGUCAGCCAGCCAGCACAGGAGUAAGAAAAUAGAAAGCAUGAGAAGUUUCAUGAGCCAGAAACCAUUGAGAUAGUGAUUACAACCUCCAUAUUAAUCAGAUGAAGGUUUGUAGGUGACAUAGCAUUUUACCCAAGUAAUUCUGAACAGACUGUGGCUUAUGAUACAUUUUAACUAGCAAGUGUAUAGACUAUAAAACAAGUAUCUAGAGUUAUAUAUGGAUGUACUAUCAUUUGGUGAUAAAAGCAUAGAAAAAGCAUAA